CACAUUCAGGAUCAGCGGGAUCGGAUCAGCCGACGCUGCGUGCAUCGACACACACACACACACAAGAACCGUUUUAAUCUUUCUUCCUUCUGAUCUCCACCGGGACAAAUCGAGAGCAUAGCGGCGGUGCUGGGGACCGGGAGGACGGUAUGGGGGAGCACACGGCGUUUCUGCUCUGUCUGCUGGCGACCUUGACGCUUUCAUCCGAGGUGCCUGCUGAUGACUCUGUGGGCUUGCUAACUGAGCCCCAGGUGGCCAUGUUCUGCGGGAAGCUCAACAUGCACAUCAACGUGCAGAGCGGCAAGUGGGAGUCCGAUCCCUCGGGCACCAAGAGCUGCAUCGGCACCAAGGAGGGCAUCCUGCAGUACUGCCAGGAGGUGUACCCCGAGCUGCAAAUCACAAACGUGGUGGAGGCCAACCAGCCCAUCAGCAUCCCCAACUGGUGCAAGAAAGGCCGCAAGCAGUGCCGCAGCCACACACACAUCGUGGUCCCUUACCGCUGCCUGGUCGGGGAGUUUGUGAGCGACGCCCUGCUCGUUCCUGAUAAGUGUAAGUUCCUGCACCAGGAGCGAAUGGACCAGUGCGAGAGCCACCUGCACUGGCACACUGUGGCCAAAGAGUCCUGCGGCGACCGCACCAUGAACCUCCAUGACUACGGGAUGCUGUUGCCGUGCGGCAUCGACCGUUUCCGGGGCGUGGAGUUCGUCUGCUGCCCCGCGGAGGCCGAGCGGGAAACCAACAGCAUGGAGCCGGAGGGGGAGGAGUCGGACGUCUGGUGGGGCGGAGCCGACACCGAGUACUCCGAUAACAGCAUGACGCGACAGGCGGACGCCGAGCCGGCCGCCGCAGAGGACGACGAGGACGAGGACGAAGAGCUGGAAGCCUUCGACAGGGACGAGAACGGAGACGGGGACGCGGACGAGGAGGAAGACGUGGACGACAUGGCCGACGAACGCUACAGCGACGAGCGCAGCGCUAGCGUCGCCAUGACGACCACCACCACCACCACCACCGAGUCGGUGGAGGAAGUCGUCCGAGCCGUUUGCUGGGCUCAGGCCGAGUCAGGCCCGUGUCAUGACAUGCUGGAGCGCUGGUACUUCGCGCCCGAGAAGGGCGGCUGUGCCCUCUUCUUGUUUGGGGGCUGUGGGGGCAACAGGAAUAACUUUGAGUCGGAGGAGUACUGCCUAGCUGUCUGCAGCAGCUCGUUGCCCACCAUGGCCCCGAGUCCUCCGGACGCUGUGGAUCAGUACCUGGAGGCUCCUGGGGACGACAACGAGCACACCGACUUCCAGAAGGCCAAAGAAAGCCUGGAGGCCAAACACCGUGACAAGAUGUCCCAGGUCAUGAGGGAGUGGGAGGAGGCGGAGAGGCAGGCCAAGAACCUUCCUCGCGCAGACAAGAAAGCCGUUAUUCAGCACUUCCAGGAGGUGGUGGAGGCUCUGGAGCAGGAGGCGGCGGGAGAGAGGCAGCAGCUGGUGGAGACCCACAUGGCCCGGGUGGAGGCUCUGCUCAACAGCCGCCGACGCCUGGCUCUGGAAAAUUACCUCAGUGCCCUGCAGGCCAGUCCUCCACGGCCGCGCCAGGUGCUGAGCCUGCUGAAGAAGUACGUGCGCGCCGAGCAGAAGGACAGGCAGCACACGCUCAAACAUUACGAGCACGUCCGCACCGUCGACCCCAAGAAGGCGGCGCAGAUCCGACCUCAGGUGCUGACCCACCUCCGGGUGAUCGAUGAGAGGAUGAAUCAGUCCCUGGGUCUGCUCUACAAGGUUCCUGCUGUGGCCAAUGACAUCCAAAACCAAGUCGCGGUGAUCGUGCAGAGGGUCCAGUCGGAGCUGUCUCAGCAAGUCUCCUCCCUGCAGAGCGACGGGCGGGUGGACGGCCGGGUGAGCUACGGGAACGACGCCCUGAUGCCCGAUCAGACCUACAGCUCCGCCCCGCUGGACCCCGGCCUGGACGGCUUUGGUUUCAUCCACCCGGAGAGCUUCAACCAGCCCAACACGGAGAACCACGUUGAACCCGUCGACGCUCGUCCCAUCCCGGACCGGGGGCUUCCCACCCGACCCGUGUCUGCCCUGAAGCCGGAGGAGAUACCCCAGGUGCGGACGGAGACUGAAGACAGGCAGAGCGCCGGUUAUGAGGUUUACCAUCAGAAGCUGGUGUUCUUCGCCGAGGACGUGGGGUCCAACAAGGGCGCCAUCAUCGGGCUCAUGGUCGGAGGGGUCGUCAUAGCAACCGUCAUCGUCAUCACCCUGGUGAUGCUGAGGAAGAAGCAGUACACUUCCAUCCACCACGGGGUGAUCGAGGUGGACGCCGCCGUGACGCCAGAGGAGCGCCACCUGGCCAAGAUGCAGCAGAACGGCUACGAGAACCCCACCUACAAAUUCUUUGAGCAGAUGCAGAACUAAAGGACUCCAACAUCUCCUCCACCACACUGACCCCCACCCUGCCUCCUCCCUGGGUCUGCGUUUCCCUCCAUCGCUCUGUUAAUCAAACCGUGUCGAGCCCAAACACCUGCACAGCCAUGCUCACAUCUUCUGUGGGGAACACGACACUAAAAGACAGGAUCUAAAGUAGGAUCUUGUUUUAUUUCUGCGUUUUAAGCUCAGUGACUUAGGUGUUUUUUUGUUGUUGUUGUUUUUUUUUUAAUGUCCUCUUUCAUUUUCAGUUACCCUGCUUGAAAGGUUAAAAAAAUAUGAUUUUUAUUAUCGAUCCUUGCAUGUUCGGGUCAGGACGUUUCGGCCAAGGAAAGAAAUACAUGAAGCGAACCUUAAAUCGUUUUUAUCAGAGCCAGCUAUCCGAUCGACAAAGGUUCUGUUGUACCUGCACAUUUCAGCCAGUCACCCCCCGAGUCCUCAGUGUUCCUCCUGAAAAUUCACUCCACACAUGUAGAGAGCUGUCGGAGCGGCCCGCCGCGCGAUACAAGUGUUUCAGGUUUGUUUUUCAAAAAAAAGGACAAAAAAAUAGCAGAAAAAAAAAAACCGCAAUGAAAUUAAGAAAAAAAUAUUGAAUGUUUUGUUUUCUGAUUUUUUUUUUUUUUUUUUUAAUGUGUAAUAUAUUAAGAACAGAGAUUAGCCGUAAGUAUAUGUAGUGCAUGGCAAUAUCGAUGACUGAAUAAGGUAUACUGUACAUGGUGGUCCUCGGGUCGGGGGCCCCCUCACUAGAUAUUUUAGCAGGAUUGUACAUUUCUAGUGUCUUCUUUGUGAUCUCGUGAUAUGAAGAAGAAAA